AUGGCUCCGGCCUCACCAUCUCCGAGACGAACACCCUCUGGACGGCCUCGAGGCCGCCCUCCAGGAACUACAAAUGCAGCGCGCGCAGCCAGACAAGCCAUGGCUGCUACAAUUGCAACAGAGCCACCACCAAAACGACGUCGUUACGUGCCCGGAGGCCCUGGUGGAGGCGGCAGAUUUGUAGAAGCAGACGAGUUGGCAGCAUCUGCGACUGCUUCUGCGCCUAGACCAAGGACGACUGUCAUACGAAGCGUCAUCAACGGCAAGUCACCCUCCGUGAUGCCCAGACGAGAGAGGAGCAUGCGGUCUCGCGCCUCUGCGAGCGAAGAGCUCGAGGAAAUGCGCUGGGGAUCGGCGGCUGCUGUGGCAGCAUCGGUUAAGCAGGCCGAAGACUAUAAACCACGAGAAGAACGAAGCUGGGAGGAAUUUCACCCAAGUCUUGAUAUCGAGAAGACUUUUAUGCUUUUUUCCGCAGAUGAGGUUGACGGGGUUAUGCGAGAUACGCCCAGUACACCAGCCCUGCAAACGCCAGGAACGCCCUUGGCAAAUGGUUCCAUGACUCCUUCGAGGCACAUCAAUACAGCCUCUACUGGUACUACACCGAAUCCGCAAGGCAAGGCGGAUGCAAAUGCAUCCGAUACGCAAGCUGGGACUCCAUCGAGGCGGUCACGUCGACCAACCCGCGAAGUAGUCAGCUUUUACACCACCCGACCCUCAGAAAUCGCACCGACGCCGCGCACACCCAAGAUAUUACCCAUACAAAACCAGACACCAAAAGAAAGGCUAGAUUUGAAGCUGCCAUCUUACCGCAAGACAAAUCGAAUCGAAUUAUUUGAGAGCAAGACCUUUGGCCAGGCGAGAUAUGUAGACAAGGCGAUGAGUAAUGUUGGCUACCAAGAGAGCGACGAGUUUAUUCGCCCCGACUCAACGUUAAUCAAGGCCAUCGACACCAACGCGGAAGAGGAUCUUGAUCUCACACCCGUGAAUAGCAAUGAGGAUCAUCCUCAUCAUACCAAGCUGGGCAAAGUUGAAUACGACAUGGAUGAACAAGACGACAUGUGGUUAGAACACGUGAAUGCCAUGCGGAAACAGAAUGAGCUGGAGACGAUCACGAGAGAGGUCUUUGAGAUUACGAUAACCAAAAUCGAGAAGGAGUGGCACGCGUUGGAAAAGAGGAUACCGAAACCAAAUCCCAAGCCGCCACAAACGCAUCGUCCUAGGUCAAGCUCUGCGGCUGCGGUGAACGGGGAAACGCAAGCUGGGGAAGAGCCAGAUAGCAAGUGUGCCAUCUGCGAUGACGGGGACUGCGAAAACACAAACGCCAUUGUGUUCUGCGACGGGUGCAACUUGGCUGUUCACCAAGAAUGCUAUGGUGUGCCAUUUAUUCCUGAGGGCCAAUGGCUUUGCCGCAAGUGUCAACUCUGCGGCAGAGGUAUUCCCACAUGCAUCUUUUGCCCCAAUACGGAUGGCGCUUUCAAGCAAACCAAUUCCUCAAAAUGGGCGCAUUUGCUCUGCGCCAUGUGGAUUCCGGAGGUUUCCCUUGGCAAUCACACCUUUAUGGAGCCGGUAAUGGACGUUGAAAAGGUUCCCAAAACUCGAUGGAAGCUGUCUUGCUACAUCUGUAGGCAAAAGAUGGGCGCGUGCAUUCAAUGCUCAAACAAGAACUGCUAUCAAGCAUUCCAUGUUACGUGCGCAAGGAGAGCGCGCCUAUACCUGAAGAUGAAAACUAGUCAUGGUGCUCUCGCAGUUUUGGACGGAAACAUGGUCCUCAAGGCUUUCUGCGACAAACACUGCCCCCUCGAGUAUAGCAAUGACAACAACGUUCACCAAGCGACUCGCUCAGCUAAAAAGUUCUACAAGAGAAACAUGAAGGGCCGUCUCUGGGCUGAUAAUUUGGCUAUUGCCAAUGUCAUCGCCGCACAGCAACGUACCCUCCUGGCCGAAUCGCCCGCGAACGCGCAAGGGGAUAAGGAAAAGGCCGCUGCUGACAAGAAGAAGAUGGAGCAACCGCCGAAGAAUAUGUGGAAGCUGCCAUCCGGCGCCCCUAUCAUCCCGCAAGCGGUGUUUGACAUUGUCGAAGCAUCUAUCCAACGGUUUCCUUUCCGCAAGCGCAAGGACUUUUUGAGCGAGGCAUGUCGAUACUGGACAUUGAAGCGUGAGGCUCGACGGGGUGCGGGAUUGCUCAAACGCCUUCAGCUACAAAUGGAGACCUUUUCGUCCAUGGAGCUGACUAGGCGAGACUUCUCCACGAUGGGUUCAAAUGGCAAGGCACGACUAGCACGGCGAAUAGAGUUUGCAGAGGAUAUCCUCAAGGACCUUGAGCAGCUGAAGGAUCUCUCGGAGAAGAUUGUGCAGCGAGAACAGAUGAAGGUAGAUGCGGCAGAGAUGGAGGACGAGUUCGUGAGUGAGUGCUACUUUCCCGUUGCUAAACAUUUGCCUCCCGCAAUUGAGAAGGCCAUAUCGUUGGACAAAGACUUGUUCACGAGUGGCUUGGAGAAAAUUAAGUCCCGCGUAGAUGAACGAUUCUACGUAACAGCUCUGGCAUUUAUGCAAGAUCUGGGUGACGUUAUCAGCACGGGUAUCGUGAAUGCCCCUUCAGUGUCAAGCAGCAGCAGCGAGUCACGUUUCGAAGCCACAGAAGUUUCUCCAGCAAAGACAAACUUCUCGGACAUACGGGAGCGGCGGAAACUAGGCAAACGCAUCCUGAAAGCAGUACAACCUCUAUUAGAAAGCGCCAUUCGAGUGGAAUCUGAAAUCUCAAACAAAUCCUUUGAAACAAUGCAGAAGGAGCUGGAGGGCAUAAUCGACGCCAGUGUGGACACUUCACGAGUAGUCAUCACAUCUGCCACAACAAAGCAAGAAGAAGGGGAAGAUACCAUCAUGGUGGACGCCCCUGAUUCAUCUGAAAUCACUGUUAAAAGCCUCGACAACGACGACGCCGAUGUCGACGCCCAAGGUGACCCAAUGGACACGGCAGAGGACGCUGAUGAGCAAGAUGGUGGAAACAUAGAGGUGAACACAUCUGGACUCGGCAUCACCGUCAAAUCUGAGGAGUCUACUACCGUCUCCCCACGCAAGAGUAAACGCACCAAGGGCCAGAGCAUGCAAACCUCACAAACUCCACCCGAAUCAGAAGCCUACGUCAACCUAGCGCCUCCCGCUGCCGCAACAACGAGCGUGCCGGGACCUCCAACACCGCCUCAUUCCAACGGUAGUUUUGGCAAAGAACCCGUAGACCCGUUGACGGACGGCGGCGUCCUGUGGUACUUGCAGACCAUGCAGCCCCGGGGAACAUCCAUCCUCGGCGAGCACUGGGCUGCAGGGAGGGAUGCAGUGCGCAUGCUUAGCGAGGAACUGACUGAUCUUGAUGACGAGGAGCUUAAGGGGCUCCGAGCAGAAGUUGAUGAGUCGGUUGCGGCGGGAUUGGUGAAUGGCGACGCUGGCGAUGGCGGCAAGGCCAAGACGAAGAAUCGGAAGAGGAGAGUUUCGGGGCGGAGGAGAUGA